AGUUGACGAGCCUUCUCGACAUUCGUUUCGCGAGUGCUUCGUAUUGUUGCAAAGUAAUAGUCAUGGCUUCGGAGCGGUACAGUUUUUCGUUAACGACUUUCAGUCCAUCGGGCAAAUUAGUACAGAUAGAAUAUGCCUUGGCCGCUGUAGCAGCUGGUGCACCAAGUGUGGGUAUCAAGGCGUUGAACGGCGUCGUUCUGGCUACUGAGAAUAAGCACAAAUCUAUCCUCUAUGAUGAGCACAGCGUUAGUAAGGUUGAAAUGAUCACAAAGCACAUCGGCAUGGUCUAUAGCGGCAUGGGUCCAGACUAUAGAUUAUUGGUGAAACAAGCACGAAAAAUGGCACAACAGUAUCUUCUGGUUUAUCGGGAACCUAUCCCAACUGCGCAGCUGGUGCAACGUGUUGCGAUGGUCAUGCAAGAAUACACACAAUCUGGAGGUGUCAGGCCCUUUGGAGUGUCCCUUCUGAUUUGUGGUUGGGACAAUGACAGGCCCUAUCUAUUCCAAUGUGAUCCAUCUGGCACGUAUUUCGCAUGGAAAGCAACUGCAAUGGGUAAAAAUUUCAUCAAUGGCAAAACAUUCCUCGAAAAGAGGUAUAGCGAGGAUCUGGAAUUGGAUGAUGCUGUUCACACUGCCAUUCUGACGCUGAAAGAAGGUUUUGAAGGUCAAAUGACAGCAGACAAUAUCGAAGUUGGCAUUUGUGAUGCAAACGGAUUCAGAAAGUUGGAUCCCUCCAACGUUAAAGAUUAUCUCGCUAAUAUCCCUUAAAUUUAAGUUUUUUAAAAAUGUAUUAUGGAAGUAAAAGCUUUGCAGACGUUAAUGGAUUCAAAUCAGAUUCUUGUAAUAAAUUCUCUUAUCCAAUAUAAAAAAA